CGGAAUUUGUUUUCAAAUUUUGAAUACAAAGUUGUUUAUUAUUCCUGCUCUGUGAGCAGUAUCAAAUAAAUUUGCAUUAUUAAUAAGGAUUAUUAAAAAUAAGUAGAAUUGUAAAAUAAUUGUUUCGAAUAUGAGUCAUUUUGAGUUUUCCAUCCCAUUACAAAAAGACGAGUUAUUAGAAUCUCAUGCUGGCCAGUAUCAUGUUGAAGAUGUUGUUCAGCCCCGGUUACUUCUCUCAAAACUUCAAGAUGCGGCCCGUGCAUACAACUCUGAUGGUGUCGACUAUAUACUAGAACAUUUUGAUACCUAUUUCUCUAUUAUAGUUCAUGGGACUAAAUUAGAAUGGAAUGUAAUAAAUAAAGCUUUUGAUCAUAUAGUAAGGACUGUCAAAAAUUUAUGCGGACAUCUUGAACUAAUAUUACAAGAGCAAGUAAUAGAUGCAGACAUACGAAUGAAAAAUUUAAACAUAGUUAAAAUGACUAUGUAUUUGUUCACUCAAAUAAUGAAAACAAAAGAUGCUAAAUUAGCUGCUGAUAAUUCAACAAAAUUAACAUUGGGUAAGAAAGGAAAAAAGGCAACAGAUGAUGAUGAGUUCUGUGGAUGGACUGAAGCAGACAAGCAAGCAGCGCUUAUCUGUUUACACAUGCUUCUACAACAACCGUUGUCACAGCUAUGGGAUCCACCUUUGGCAGAAGACAAUUUUGUGUCAAUGGUAGCAGAUCCUUGUUACAAAGCUUUAGAGGAACAGACAAUAAAAACUAAAACAGUACGAGAAACUGUAUUUCAAAUUUUAGGAGUCCUCAUAAAAAAAUAUAACCAUGGGACAUCUUGUCUCAUAAAAUUGGUUCAGGUGUUACAAAUAGUUGAACAUUCCGUGUCACCGAUAUGUGCUGGUGUAGUACAGCUAACUAAGGAUUUUGGUCUGAGUACAUUUGGGCCACAAAUGGUUCGUGAGAUUACGGAAGCAUUGGCUUCAACAGAAGAAGACACUGGGGGUGCAGGCCCUGAACAAGGUACUGCUAAAAACUGUGGAGCUUUCUUACUAGAACUUACAAAAGAAUUGCCCAAGGAAAUGGUGAAUGCCAUAGCUACUAUACAACCUUACUUGGAAAGUGAUGAGUCAUAUACCAUUCGCAUCAGUGUACUAGGCAUGAUGUGCGAGGUUCUAAGUGUGGAGCUGACUGGUGAGGGAUUAUCUGAUGAACAACGAAUACAACGUGAUGACUUCCUUGAUGAUCUGUAUGAGCACAUGCAUGACCUCUCAGCUUAUGUGCGACACAAGGUUCUUCAAUUUUGGUGUAGAUUGCAAAGAGAAAACUGUGUACCUGUGACCCGACAGCAUGUGGUACUUGAACGAGCAAUCGGUCGUUUGAAGGACAAAGCGGCGCUCGUUAGAAAGGCCGCUAUUCAGUUGUUAAAGAUAUUUUUAGAAUGUAAUCCAUUCUCUGCUCAAUUAAAACUACAACUUCUGGAAGAGCAGUUAAAAAAUGAGCAAAAUAUUUUAGAAGAUCUUCAAAAGAAGUUAAAUCCUGGACCUGAUCCUAUUCUUAUACAACAUUGGGAGAAAAUGGAAAAGGAUGUUCUUAAGACCAUAAAUGAAAAAAUGGAUACUCUCACUCAAGAUGAGCCCGAAUUAUCUCAGGCUUCUAUUGAAAAUGUAUAUGAAGCAAUUCGUAAAAAAUUACGUGAAAAAGAUUUUUAUAAGGCUUACUUGAUCGUGAAACAUGCUGAAAGACAGUAUCCCGAUGCUAAGUUGUUAAGGUGUGAUAUGAAAAAAAGCGAUCAGGUGGACUACUUUGUGGCAUUAUUACGUAAUGUUUUCAUUGUACCAGAAAAACCUCAGUCCAUAUCUUUAACGCAGCAAUGCGAAAAUGAAAUCGCACUCUACAAGAGACUCGAAGAAAAAGAAAGUAUCGUAGCAUUUUUGCAAGAAUCAGUACAUUUUAGCAAAAUGAUAUCGGAAGCAGUUCCCCUAAUCAACUCACUGUUAAUGUCAAAGCAAGCGGGAGACGUGAGCGAGGCGAUCGAUUUCUUCACGACCGCCCACCAUUUCAAUAUCGAAUCCGCCAAAGAAGGAGUCUCAAAUAUGCUCCUACUCGUAUGGUCACCGGAUCAAGACAAACGUGAAGCGGUGGAGCGCGCGUACCGCGAGAUGUACCUGGAGAGCGAGGUGAAGGCGGAGCGCGCGCGCGCCUUCGCGGUGGCGCGACAGCUGAGCGCGCUCGCCGCCGCGCUGGACCGCGGCGCCGCGCUCGCGCUGCAGCACCUCGUCGACAAGUGGCUCGCGCGCGCCGACAUCACGCCCGCGCUCAUACAGGUAUUUUGGGAAAUGUUCCUAAAAAAGAUAGAUGGUACGACCGAUAUGGAUAGCUACGCAGCCCUAUCCUUUCUUGUCAUGAUAGCCAAAGCUAAACCAUCAGUGGCGCUCGCGAACAUUGAAGUGAUUCAAACCCAUGGACUGACGGGAGAUUACGACACGAGGAGGUUAAGUGUUGAACUUCUUAUCUCGCUAUCCAAAAAGAACACGAGAUAUCCCGCAGAUCACACUAUUUUCACAUCAUUGUAUGACAGUCUUAUGGAAGCAUUUUUAAAAUUCGAUAAGUUUACGGCACUCGCUGCCAACUCCAUAGACUUCAUAUAUGCAGUUUGCGAUACACCUGACGUUAUUUGCACAAAAAUACUAGCAGAGAUGUACAAGUGUAUAGAGCAAUCAUUAGUAAAAGAUGCAGACAAUGAGGAAGAGGCCAGUAUACCGACCGAACUGCUUAUAAGAUUCAUAUUUAUGCUAGGUCAUAUAGCAUUACAACAACUCAUUUAUCUGGACAUAACUGUUUACAGUGAACUAAGAAGAAGGAACCAAGUACGGGAAGAACGUAAAGUGGAAGAAAAGCGUAAAAAGAAAAUGGGUGCAUUUGCAACUCCAAAACGACGCGGCCGUAUCGACGACCUGCGACGGCAAACGCUCAUGAAUGCCAGCAAUGCGAGCGCUUCCUCGCGUGGCCAGCGUUCCGCUAGUGUCACAUCUAAUAAGGGUCCAUCGGCAAACACAACCAUGACCGAGGAGGAAACGGGUCUCGAGGGAGCCGUAGCGGACGACGCGGACGCGGAGUACGUCCGCAGCGUGUGCGAGCGGGACAUCGUGGGCGCGGGCACGGCGCUGGCGCGCUACGUGCCGCUGCUGCGCUGGCUGCUGGCCAACGCCGCGCGCUGCUCGCCCGCGCUGCAGGCCGCCGCCGCGCUCACCUUCACCCGAUAUAUGUUGGUAUCGAGCUCCGUGUGUGAAGAAGGUCUUCAAUUAAUGGUAACAGUGCUGAAGAGGUCCAAAAAUGUUUCCCUCCGAACGAAUCUUACAAUCGCUUUCGCCGAUUUAACAUUACGGUUCCCUAAUCUGACCCAGCCAUGGACGCAUCAUAUAUACCAUAUACUCAGUGAUGAAGAACUAGAAGUUCGUCAGUGCGCUGUGAAAAUGCUGUCAUUCCUGGUAUUACACGAGAUGGUCCGUGUAAAAGGUCAAAUAGCCGACAUGGCUUUGUGUUGCGCAGACAAGGACCCUCGUAUAGCUUCUAUGACGCGAUUAUUUUUCAAACAACUCUCUCAAAAAGGAAAUGCUUUAUAUAAUGUCAUGCCGGAUAUUAUAUCGCGACUAAGCGAUCCGGAGUUAAAUGUUCCAGAAGAACAAUACAGGGUUAUCAUGAAAUAUAUUACAUCUCUUAUACAAAAGGAUAGACAAAUGGAAGCAUUAGUAGAAAAACUUUGUCAACGAUUCAAACUAUCAACGGAUGAGAGACAAUGGCGCGAUUUAGCUUAUUGCCUUUCCUUGUUUACGUAUAAUGAAAGGUCUUUGCGAAAACUAAUAGAGAAUCUUGACUGCUACAAAGAUAAAUUAUAUUGCUCUGGUGUUAUGGAGUCUUUUACGACGCUCAUGAAUAACACAUCCAAAAUGGCGCGGAAUGAAAUCAAGAGUCUGGUGAACGAAUUAGGCGAUAAAAUAGAAGAGUGCUUUGCUGUUCGAGAAAAAGACGGUGAGGAUGGUGAUGAUGUGAAUAGCGAAGGCACUGAGGCACGCCAGGAACAUCCGCGAGCUACUCCAAGGCGUCGCCCUACACAGCGACGUAACAGGCAACGGUCCUCGUCUAGCCCGGAUGAGAAUGAACCUCCAAAUAAAGAUGCUACUCCACAAACUGUGAGAAAGUCAAGAAGGAAAGUUGCACAGAAAAAUAAAACAAUGAAUGAAUCAGAGGAAUCAGAUGAAGAUGAAGACUUUCAGAAAAAAGACGAAGUUUUCAAAAAGCCAUCUACAAGAAAAGUAACCCGUAAGAGAACAUAAAUUUAAAAAAUAUAUUAUAUAAUAUUAUUAUAA